AUGCACCUGACCACUGCAACGCGUCCGGACAUUGCGUUUGCUGUGGGCUAUGUGUCGCGGUUCAUGGAAAAUCCCCAAGAAGAACACUGGGUUGCAGUUAAGCGUAUCUUUCGCUACCUACAAGGCACCAAGACGCAUGGAAUUUGCUACAAGCCAAGUGCAAGGAUCGACUUCCGUGGAUAUUCGGAUGCGGAUUGGGCUGGUGAUCUUACCGACCGCAAGUCAACAUCGGGGUACACGUUCAUGCUACUCGGUGCGCCAGUCAGUUGGGGCAGCAAGAAGCAGCCAAGUGUUUCGUUGUCCACGAGUGAAGCCGAAUACAUCGCACUCAGCUUGGCGAUUCAAGAGGGCAAGUGGAUUCAUCGUCUGCUUUGUGAGAUCGUGAUGGCUGCCAAUGAAGAAGGACCGGAACUCAUGAUCCAUGAAGACAAUCAGUCGUGUAUCAAGAUGACGAAGAACCCAGUCAACCACGGCCGUGCCAAGCACAUUGAUAUCAAGUACCAUCACAUCCGUGAUGAGGUCAAGCGCGGUGAAGUGAAGCUCAAGUACUGUGAAACUGCGGUGAUGUUAGCGGACAUCAUGACGAAGGGACUUCACGGGCCACGCCACAAGGAGAUGACGGCGACUCUCGGGAUUCGUGAGCAUUCGGAUUGA